AUGAAAGAAAACAAGACCUGGUCGUCACACAUUCUCUUAUGUCCGGCUCUUCAAUUCCACUGGCCCAUUAGACAGCUUGACAUCUCUAAUGCCUUUUUACAUGGAGUUCUUGAAGAGGAGGUCUACAUGGCACAACCUCAAGGUUUCAUUAAUUCUCAAUUCCCUCAUCAUGUGUGCAAGCUUAAAAAGGCUUUAUAUGGCCUCAAACAAGCUCCUCGAGCUUGGUAUUCUACUUUCUUCUCUUUUCUUAUUUCUCAGGGCUUCCAUAACAGUCAUUCUAAUUCCUUACUCUUUAUUAAAAAGAGUCAGUCUUGUAUUACUGUUCUCUUGAUUUAUGUUGAUGACAUUCUUCUUACUGGGAGUGAUUCUAGUAUUAUAGCUAAUUUGGUUCAUAAUAUGCAUGAGGUUUUUUCUAUGAAAGAACUUGGUCCUGUUAGCUACUUUCUUGGUGUUUUUGUUCAGCACCAUGCCUCAGGUUUUUUCUUAUCUCAACACAAGUAUGCAAGUGAUUUACUAGUUAAAGCUGGCAUGGUUAACUGCAAACCGUGUGUCACUUAUGUUGCUCUUAAGCCCUCUUUUUCUCCUGGUGAUACUCUUUCCUUUACUCAACUUGAAUUAUAUAGGAGUGUGGUUGGUGCCCUUCUGUAUCUCACAAUUACCCGACCAGAUCUGUCCUUUGCUGUUAACCAAGCUUGUCAACAUAUUCAUUCUCCUACUGUGGCCCAUUUUGCAGUUGUCAAAAAGAUUCUCAAAUAUGUCAAAGGCACUUUAGCUCAUGGUCUCACGUUCAAUCCUGGUCCAUUUACUCUUCAUGCCUAUACAGAUUCGAACUGGUCUGCCAAAAAGCAACCUACAGUUUCUCGUUCAUCUACUGAAGCUGAAUAUAGGUCCAUGGUUAACACUGCUGCAGAACUGUGUUGGCUUCAACAACUCUUGGCUGAUUUGUCUAUUUCUCUUUCCUCUGUUCCUCUUUUAUGGUGUGAUAACAUCUCUACCAUGUCUCUUGCCUCAAACCCAAUUUUUCACUCCAGGUCCAAGCAUAUAGAAAUUGACUGUCACUUUAUUCGAGAAAGGGUUGCUUUCAUGAAAAUUGAUCUUCGUUAUAUUCCUACCACAGAUCAAUUGACAGGUCUCUUCACCAAGGCUUUGACUUCUUCUCGGUUUCAUUAUCUCACAAACAAGCUUUAA